AUGCAACUCUUCAUCUUAUUUUUCCUUUUAACAAUUCAAUUUCCCGGUAAUAAUCCACUGCAAUGCAUGUAUCACUAUGGUGUUCUUACCAUUCCAUCAGUGAACACAUUAGAUCUCCCUAAAAUCAAAGAACAAAUAAACCAAUCGGUCACUAUUAAGAAUAAAACAAGUUGUUACGCACACGUUGCCUUAUUUUCUGAUUCGCAAACUUUGGUUCUUAUUUUCGACGAAGUACAUUUAUUCAGUUUUACGACCAAUGUUGAUGUUGCCGUUAUGACUACUAUCAAUCUGUUGCGGAAUGAAAAUGAGACAUUAUUCAACAAUAUGAUCGCAUUUCUAUGUGAUAAGGAAGAUCAAUGCAAUCGACUAUUCAUAUUUGAUUAUCUUGAAUGGUUAUUCAGUGCAAGAUUCGAAAGUGUUGCAGCUGCAGCACGACCGUUGCUUCUUCCGCAGAACAGUCAAACAGGCGUGUGUUAUAUUGAUGAAAAAGGGAAUAGUCGACAAUGCUCAAGUCGUGUUUGCUCAUUUGCUAUUCAAAAUAACGAAACAGAGCGUGGGUGUUAUCAAACCUAUACAAGUAUAAUGACUCUCGGAAUCGGAAUGAAAAUGACUCUCCGGAAAACUGAACAGCAAGAUUUAACUUUUACUCAAUCAUUUGAUCUUCUUGCUUAUAUUUGUUUUGGUAAUUUAUGUAAUAGCAAAACGAAUGACGAGCAAGUUAAGCAAAUAGUGAAAGAUUAUUACAAUGUUUCUUCUUUGGAAAUAAUGUUAAAAGAGAAAUUUAAUCGAGAAUAUUUACCAGAUGUGUCCUCGACGACCAGUAUAACAGUCAAAACCACGUCGAUGUUGUCAACUGAUCAAAUGACUACGAAGUCACAAGGCCAAAUCAACUCGAGUUCGAAAUUUCCUCUCAUCUAUGUGGGAUUUCUCUUCUUGAUUGAAAAAUUCUUUUAA